CUUCCGGGCUUCCCAACACCAUUUUACCUUUCAUCUGUGUUGCCUUUUAACUUUUAUCUUUCAGCCGUUUUCUCGAACAAAAAGGGUAGGCCUCUCUCACAGGCUUGCUCUUCCUUCCUUCAUCAACUCUCACAAACUCUUUCGAGUCUGCAUUUGGCCUACUGACAUCCAUUCACAGGAGUGGGUCCAUGAGACAGUGUGCACCGCACACCAAGAGCAUCACCAAACGCUAUCAUCUUCAUCCAAGAGCUCGUAAUUUGUCCUUAUCAACAAGCCAUCAAAAUGGCGGUACCCGAGUACCGUGACGAAGUUUCCAUCACACUCUCGAUAACCGACCCCCCGCCCAGCUUCUCAUUUCCAACUCGUCGCAUCUUUCUCAGCAAGAAGAAUCCGACCAUCGAAAUCGGCCGAACUUCUAGAAGAAAUGGAGCUUUUGAAGCUGCCAAGAGCAAUGCUUGGUUCGAUUCACCAGUCAUGUCUCGAAAGCAUGCACUCUUCACCCUUGACGCCGACAAACAGAAACUUUAUGUCAAGGACACGGGUUCUCUCCAUGGAACCUAUAAAAACGACGUCCGCCUCGAGACGAAUGUGAACCAUGAAGUGAUCAGUGGUGACAAGCUCAAGUUUGGUGCUCUCAUUGAACGACCCCAGGACAAACACUACCCUUGCGCUAUGCUAGUUCGUCAGACAUACGGCUCCAUCAACCCCGAACUGCGCGGCAAUAGCUUCCGCGUUCCUGAGGAUAGCGACAUCGAAUCUCUGAUCAGUGACGAAGACCAAGUGAACAAUAGCUACGAGAUGUUGCGCACCAACAAGUUUGUCCCUGGUAGAGUGACUGCUUCAUCGUUUGGUCAUGGUCCAAUCGACUUGACAAUGGAUGAUCAAUAUCCUCUUUCCAAUGUUAGGAACGGAACUGAGGUUUUUGUCAACUGUCCUCAUAUUCAAGAGAUACCUCUCCCCAAGCUGCCAGAACCUGUUUCUGUCUUGGGCCACGAGUUCUCUGACCUUGAGGAAGAGCAUGAAGAAGCGGAAAACGACUUGUCACCAAACUCGAUGGACACAGACGACUCUUAUGGUGGCAUUUCUGAAGAUUGCCAGAGCGUCGACUAUGCAAUGUCAUCCGUUGCAGAGGACUCUAUUGUCGAUGAAGAAGAAGACUUUGCAGAGCAUGACGAGUUUGAAGAAGAGCAAGUCCACACUCAGGAACCUGCCCCGAAAGCCAACGGUCAUAUUGAAGAGGCUGCUGACAUGGUAUCUGUAAUGAGUGAGAACCCCGAAAAGACCCCUGCGCAGCCCUUGGUCAACCCUUCGAGCACCCAGACCCCGGAUGCUUCUCAAAAACUUGAUAGUGCCAAACUCACCCAGUUGGACAAAAGCCACUAUACAUGGAAAUCAGACCUUGCUCCAAUGAUGUCGAUCAAUGGCACGUCGUCCUUGAAGCUUCCCCCAAUUUCAGAAGCAGUCUUCGACAAAUAUAACCACGAGACGAUCACACACUCUACCGCUGAGGUUGUCGGCAGAAAGCAUGGGAAGUACGAGUUCUUUGCUGCUAGAGAAGCCAACGCUCUAGCUGCCCUCGCAAAACCCCGAGCUCGACUCAUAAGCCCCGUCCAUCAGGCACAAGUUCAGGAACACUAUCUCUUGCGGGCAGGGAUGGAAAACAAAGUCCUCGGGCACCCAGAAGAUCAACUCCAGUCGCCCGCAGAUGAAACCCAACCUCGCGCUUCCGAUUUGAUAUCUUCUGGUCUGAAAUAUCUGGCAACGCCCCCUGAGCACAUCGAUACCACCGUACCAUCUGUGGAGCAAGGGUUGGACGACUCAUCCGCCUGGGCUUUCCAAGAGAGCAAGAAGUCAUCUGGUAUCGAAGUCACAACCGAGACAACUGAGAAGGUAGUGGCCCAAGAGAAUGAUACCGAUGUUGUCGAAGACGGUGAUGCCCAGCCCGCUGAAGCCUUGGAGGCUGCUGAACUGGCCAAACCAGUCGAAGCCGUGGAGCCAGCGAAACCGGUCGGAGCCGUGGCAGCUGAACCUGUGAAGACUCCAGUGCCAGAAUCCACUGCAACCAAGAGAAAGGCCGACGAAAUUUCUCAGCUUACCGCUGAAGAAGAACAAAUGUCUGACGACCGGCAAUCUCGUCCACAGGUGCACUGCCGAGAGGUGCAACCAAGUGCAAGGCCUCGCCACAUUGCAGCCUUGGGAAACCCACCAAGCAAACGUCUUCGUCGUAUGGCAGAAGCAGUUGGGUAUGUCGCCCUUGGAGGAGCUGCUGUCAUGUCGGUGCUUAUUGCUACGGCGCCUGCCCUGUAAUUUACAGACAGUACACGCCAGUGACUUAUGGAACUUUAUUGGAGUUUGAGAUCCGGAAUCAAGGACAGGGAGUCGGUUGUUUACUUUAGUCUAUCUUUUGCUUUUCCACUUGCUGGUUUGAGGAACCAAAGGCAUGUCAGGGGGUAUUUUAGUCGUAUUCAUAUGAAUCUACAAGUUUCCUUCCACAACUAGCAAGCAGACCGUCUCGUGUGAAGUACGAUAAAUGUCAUCCAUCAGAAAUGUAUUAAACUUGAUCCC